AUGUCACGCCAGCCCCGGGGGAAUGCGUCCGAAGGGGGACAGGACUCGUCCGACUCGCAAGCCGAGAUGGCAGACACGGAGCUCGACCCAGAGCGCAGCCAGCCGUCCGGCGCAUCCCAGUCCUCCCCCGAUGUCCCUGUGCAGCCCAAGAAGAAGCGCACCAGGACGCUCACCACGCCACAUCAGUCUGCGGUGCUGCACGCAUUGCUCGCGCAGUCGCGGUUCCCGACGACGGCAAUGCGCGAAGAGGUGGGAAGGUCGAUCGGGUUGAGCGCCCGCAAGGUACAGAUUUGGUUCCAAAACCAGCGACAGAAGGCACGGCGUCCAAAAAAGCAGCAACAACAGCAAGAGCAGCAGGCAGCGGCGGGCGCAUCGGGCUCUGGGUCGCGCGACCAGCCUCCCGGCUUCGAGCCUUUCAGCCAAUUGCACGAACCGUACGCGCACCAGUACCAGCGCGAACCUUAUGCAUCCGGCGGCGUGCAAGGCUUUGACCCACUACGCGAGAGGCCGCGCUACGCGCCUUACCCCGGUGAAGCUCAGGCGGGCCCUAGCUCUUCGUCGCCACUCGAGUCCCCCGUGCAGCGUCUUUCCGGACCAGGGAUGCCUGGCCGUAUACCCACGAUCGACGCUCGCGGCUAUCCCUCGCCCGUGCGCGGCGCCGAGCAGUGGUCCCCUGUGUCUCCUACGACGUCUGCCUGGUCUGUCGGGUCCCGUCGCUCGCGCCGCCAUGCGCCAUACCCCGACACGGGCUUUCACCGCACCCCCAGCCCCGAGAUGUCGCGCCUCUCCCAGCGCACACGCCUUCCGUCGCCUCCCAGCGACUAUGCUGCACGCACGCUCCCCCCGCUGCCCCCAUUGACCAUGCCGUCUUCACGCCCCGGCGCGCCGUCUAGUAGCUCGCCUACCGGCCCUAUCCUCGCGCCGCUCAGCCCAUACGCUCCGCCUCCGUCGGAACCUGUCUUCACGUACCACGCCCCUCCGGGCUCAGGCGGCUCCCCCAUCGAGCUGCCUCCGCCGUUCGCGCUGCAGCCACAGCCGCAGUGGGACAACAGCGCGUUCCGCUCGCCCACGCGCGCUGACUUCCUCAUGCCUACCCCCGCGCGUCCUCCGCCAGGCGGUGCACUUACGUCGCGACGGUCUACGGUAGGCUCGAGCACCGCGACGCCCCGCCCGCGCUCGCCUCCGACGAACCCUGGUCGCUACGACCCCGUGCGUGGACUCUUCCUGCCGUAUCGGUCGUCCACCCCUGAUGAUGGCCAUGGCCCUCUCUGA